ACAUCUUGCUAUGCUUGGUGUUCACAUAGCCAGGUGUGAGGAAGAAGCUGACAUCUCUGUACAGAGCACAUAGCUGUCAGAGGGAAAAAUGGCAACCUCAGGAAUACAGAUGCCAGGAACCUAUGAUGUGCCCGACAUUCCCUAUGGAUGUGGAGUAUUUAGAACAUUUCCAUACGCAUUCAUGCCUUUAGAAUUGUUAUUAGGAGCAUGGGUUUGGAUCUUGGUUGCUGCUACAAGAGUAUUUUAUCCUAUUGUGCAAGGAUGGGUCAUGUAUGUUUCAGUGUCCUCAUUUUUCUUCUCAUUGCUACUCCUGAUGGUCUACCUAUUUGGAUUCCACAGAAACAAUUGCAACACCUGGAGAUUAAUUGACGUUAUCUACACUGGAAUUACAGCGAUGUUUUACUUGAGUGCUGCUGUACUGCAAGCUUAUGCCACAAUAUUUUGUGAUUACACUAUAUCUGUUUCGCCCCCUAAUAUCUUCGGAGUUUUUCAGUGCGUUCGUGUAUAUUACCACUUGGAUGCGGCAGCCACAGUCUUUGCUUUCUUGACAUCACUAAUUUAUAUGCUGCACAGCUUCCAGUCCUACGUCCGCUGAAAGUCCUUGGAAAAGUGAAGCAGAUCAGUCUGUGAAUAUAAAGAUCAUAUGGGAUGACAACCAGUUCUACAAAUGUGACAAAACUUCAACAUCAGUCAUAACAACUAUAACAAUAUCCCCAACAUUCUGGACAUUUUUUUGUAUAUUUUUCUAUUGUUUAUUAUAAAUAAGAUCUGUUUAUAUUCUUAGUACAUUUGAAAAUGAUUUUAAAUAUUAGCAAUGCAUGGGGAGAUCUGUUUGGUAAGGCAAGCCAACCAAAGCAAAUACCUCCCAAUCCAUGAGCUUGGAUGUUUCAAAUCGUACUAUGACAGAUCCAUUACAAUGCUACUACACAUUUAUAGCAGUAAGGAUACAUGAAUAGUAUUAAUAUAAAUCAUGCCUCUUUACUAUGAGCACUUUUCACUGUAUUAUGCUUUCAUUUAAAUAUAUUUAUUUUUACAUACUUACAUACUCUUUCUCUUUCUAUGGCUUAUUGAGUAAAACUAUGCCCAGAGUUUGCCAACCAUUCCUACAUUCGUUUUUAGUCAAUUAGCUAGAAAGUGUUGCCUUAAAAAAAUCAGAUUUUGAGAGACAAUUCAAAAUCAGAAAAAGACCCCCUACCAACAAAACUAUUUGCAAUUGUUCAUCUUUUAUUUAUUUUUUUAAACAGUUAUACCUAAACGUAUACCUCUUUGCUCGAGUUCCCCUUUUGCUUAAAAAGCUGCCAGAACUGUUUGGUUGAAAUAAUUCCAAAAAAAGUACUUUAAAAUAUUAAGUGUUAUUUUCAAUUACUUUCAUUUCUAUAGUUGGAAAUUUGACUUGUUGAUGUAAUAAUUGUAAAUAAGUAAUGGAAAAAAAAUCUGUUAUUUUUCUUGUCAAAGGGGAUUUUUUUUUUUUUUUUUUUUGUAGAAUGCAAUUUCAUUGCAUCCAGGGCUGGAUAUCUAUCAUUAUAGCCUGUAGGCAAUCAACCUUUAGUGCCCAAAGUAAUACUCCUUUACUAGCAUCACAUCUUUUACGGAAACAAUAUCUUGAUUCACUGGUCCUAGCACGGCAUAGAAUAUUGUUACUGUGUAUAUAUUAUUUAUAUUAGAUGACUGAGGGAGAUGACUGCGUAGGGAAAAAAAUGCCUCUUUUCCUUUGUUGCCUAAAGGCCUACUGUGCCUAAUGAUAAACAUGGUCAAGACUGUAGAAUUAUCUUGUGAUUGCUUUAAGCAACAUGUUCUCAUCGCUCAAUUUUUCAUGCAAAAGUCCAUUUAUGUAUAACAAUAUAUGGUGCAGUGGAGGUACAGUAUAGCCUAAAAAAGUACUGAACUCUUAGAGGUCAUAGUUUUCAGGUCCUGCUGAAACCAUUGAGAACAUGGAGACUGAAGACAUGUUUUAUCAUUGUUAGAAAUAUAUUAAUUUUAAUAUUAGUUCAGUUUUAAUAUUAAUUUGUUGGGUGAUCUCAGGAUUUGUUGGCCAGGAAUGCCAAAGCACCUGGUCACCAGUACAGUUCAUAACUGGGUAUUUGGGUCAAGCGAUUGAUUUACACAGUUUUUGCAUCUCAAUGCCAGCAUUGCUUGAGUCUACUUUUAUUCCCCAAUACAAGUCAAUAGGAAUGCAGAAGCAGCUCAGAAAGAAGGUCACAAGCAGCUCUUGUAUUGUUCUGUGCUCUUGCCUGAAAAUGAAAUAUAUCCAGUGAUUAAAGAAUUCUGCCAUGACACCUUUUAAACUAGUCAGUUAUUUUUACUGAUGUACAUAAAAAUUCUGAAAACUGUACCUGUACACUGUGAGCAAAACUGUUUGUAUGACACAGAAAUGCUAUGUUUUGAUUGGCUGUUUACAAUAAAAAUAACACCGGAAGCUGA